UCUUUCCUCUGCAUUAACUCAAAUACAGCCAGAAAAUGUUCCUCUAUAGGUUUAAUGUAACAUUGACCUUAUAAAAAGUACAACACCUCAAAAUGUACUAAUCCAUUGAAUAUUAUUAUUAUUUUCCCUAUUACCAUUACUAGUCAUAUUAUUAUUAUUUUAGCACUUUAUACAUAUCCACUUACAAAGGUGCUCCUUCUGCUUCUGAUUUGACAAUUACGCCUCAUGAACGCGCACGUCAUGAGGUCACGCGCAGCACGCAGGUGGGAAUCGCUUUCAAAUAGUUUGAUUCAGCGUCUACGGUGUGUGGUUAUUCAUCACGCACAAAGUUAUCCACGCAGCCGACAGCCUCCGCACAGUUUAGACCGCGUCCCAAAUGUACAAAGCUGAACAGUGAUGAACGAAACGAGCCGCAAUGGAAGAGGGACUGAGCAACGUCAAAGCUCUGAGGGCCAAGUUUCAGGAAGAGGCCCUCCUCGCUCGAUCCAAAGCCAGUCGGCCAGCUGUUGCAGAGAAACCCAAACGCUUUUCUCCUCCUGGAGGUCACUGCUGCUCAGUGGUCGGCGGUAUUAAUGCCGCUGUAGAAAACCACCUGCCGGUGGUUCCCCGGGUCAUCUUCAGAGAUGAUCUGCGGGUGUCUGGAGGCAGGCGACCAAUUUCCUUUCCCCCGCGACCUCAGCAGACCUCCCCCCCGUCUCGGCCGGCCAAUGGAGACGGCACAACGCGGCAGUCCCUCAGAGACCGACACAUGCCUCUAGUUCUCCCUGUACGGCCUGUAAAAGAGCUGCCAGCCCAAAAGGAGCACAAACUGCAACCGGAGCCCUGGCGAGAAGUCCUGCCGCAAACAAAAAUCAAGAAGAAAGCUCUGCUGCUUCCUUUCAAGUCACCCAAAGUGUCAAAGGUCAGUGCACAGAAUGGAGAGGGACCUACGUAUGCUGAUUUAACCAACAGGCCUUGCAGUGCACCCGGUGAGCUGCCCUCGGUAGUAAAACCAACCGCUGAAGGCGGCGUUUCGCUCGGCAGGGACCAAUCUGCCGAGUUCCCCCUCUCCGUCGCCGACAUCCCGAACACCCCUCCUCCCGCAGAGGCCGGCGUCGAUUCCAACAACAAAUUCAUAAGCACCCUGGAGAGAGCCAAGAAGAAGUUUUCCAGCAGGCAGAUGUCCAUCUCCGCCAAACCCAAGAACUGGCGUUGUCCCGACUACGCCCCGAGAGACGAGGGCUUUCAUUUGCUGCCGAGUGCCGUCGGGGAACCCGAGCCUCCCGUACCCUCACCGCUCCACUGUCUGUCGGCCCGGCCUUUCUUCAAAGUAAACCCCUCUGCACCCAGGUCUGCGUGGGAUAAGCAGUUUGCCAGGGAUAAAUCUCAUCCCUCUGUCAGGGCCGGGGCACCUCAUUCACCCUCGGCUCCUCGAGAGAGGCCUCUACCGGACUGGAGGUCACUGGGGCCGCAGCCACCUAAGCCCCCCAGGCCUCCAUCUGUAGAUGUCACCCGUUACUUCCGACGCACACUUCACGUGUCACCAGGUCUUCCAGCACCAAACAAAGAGCCAGAGGGUGAGCCCCCAUCUGUCUCCCAUGUCCUACAGGCUCCAGAGUUUCCAGACUUUGAGAAUUUAGAGAUGGAAACUACACACAGCGAGGCUUUUGACAUUGCUUCACUCGAACUGGAGGCCUUUGACUUACUCAGCACUGACCUUCCUGCACCAGAAGACUGCAGGCUCAUCGGUUUCAAGGAACCUGACUCACCGGUGUGUGAUCCUCCGCAGCCCCAUUUCACCACCGGCAUCCAAGACCUGAACCUUGGCAGUCAAAGCAUACUACCCCUCGAUCCAGCCAGCUUCCCUGAACCAAUAAACUUCUCAGCUUUCCCACAGCUUGCUGUAUCAGAGCGAUGGGCUCAAAGGGAGGCGAUCGUAGAUCCUCUUUCUAGCACUCAAGCUGAUGAGUCUGAUCCGGGAGAUGCUGAGUCUCGCUCUGCUACACAGGAAACAGACAGUGGGAGCCACACAGGGUUGACUGAAGCAAUUCAAUCGCAUGCAAGUGUAUCUCGACAGGACAGUUACAACGAAGCGUGGAAUAAUGUGUAUGAGGAUGUCGACAAUUUCAACAAAGUGUUCUCGGGCCAGAACUCGCGUAAGCUAAAGGACAGUCUGAAGAAUCCGUAUGCAUACAACCAACCUAUGAAGGACGAGGCGUGUCUUCACAUAUGGCCGCGGAAUCCGUGGGGCACUGUGUCCGGAGAACACGCUCAACUGGUCCAUAACCAUGUCCACAGUCAAGGCCGCCAAAGCCCUAACAAUGCUGACCUUAAAGAACAGAGGAAGAGGGAGAAGCAGCGACUGGAGAAGGACAAAAAAAUCCAAAAAGAAAGGGAGAAGAAGGAAAAUGAAAUGAGAAAGAAGUUCAAAGUGACCGGCGAAGAGGACGCCAUGUACCACGCCAAGGUGAUCGCGGCGAGCAAAGUCCGCAAGCACGACCUGCCGGUGAAGAGCGGGGACACCGUCAGCAUCAUUCGCACCACCAACUGCCCCAAAGGCAGAUGGCUGGCCCGGGACGCCAACCACAAGUAUGGUUAUAUCUCUGUGAUGAACGUAGAGCUAAACAUCAAAGAGAUGCUUGAGCUCGGCAAGAAGGCCCAAGCAGCCGGCCGAGGGGGCAACCCGGAGGGAGACACCAUGAGCAUUGGGAGCAGAUCCUCGGCCCAGCCGGUGCUAACGAGCAGCUUCACAGAUGACAGUGAAGAGUGGGCCUGUGAAGAUGAGACCAUCUCCCCCUCCAGUGAAAGCCAUAGCUAUCCCCAUCAGACGGCCUCACUGCCCGAGAUGUCAUGUGGCCAUGUCAGCGCCCUGCAAACUCUGAGCGAUGCCAACCUGGAAGACCUACACACACAGACCAGACACGAGGCCCUGCAAAAACUCGCCAUCUUCUUUCAACACGGUAGAGAGGAGUUUGAUGACCUCCCCAAUGGCAACGGAGUGACCCCUGCAAAUGCCAAGAAAUCAGACUUGUUGUGCGCCGUUGAAGAGCCUCCCUUGCCUGAACAGAAGGUUGACUUCCCAGAGGUGGGACUCCUUCCUCCCCCGCCGCUAUACGCAGACACCUUCUGAUCGACACGCCACGUCGCCCUGAAGAACAUCUGCCGCCGAGGCCAGUGUGCCAUGUCGCUGGAAACGUCCUUGAUCCUGCACAAUGGAAACCAUUGUGAAUGAAGCAGCUGAUGUGACCCCUGUAAUUGUUAUUUCAGUUUCUGUUUGUUUUUGUUUGUCCAUAUUUCACAUUAUAUUCUACACGGUUGCUGUUAAAGGAGCACAAGUUAAAACAUUGCACUUAAGUCAAAGAGCUAUGUCAUAAAGUAGCCCCUAGUCACUUGUGAAUCUUACGAUUAAGGAUUUGUUUGAUAAUUUGUUCUUGGGAUUUGGGAUUUUUCUUUUGUUAAUGUGUCCCAUUUAAUAAAUAUCAGUUUUGAUUGUUUUGUUUUGGGGUGAUAUUGUUUGUCCCUGAUUGGAAAGGCCCACUCGCAGAAUCACUUCUAAAGAGUAAUUCUUCCACCACAGCAACUUGCUCCUGAGCUUCUCUUUUAUCUUAUCAGCACUUCACUCACCUGAUACUUUGUCGACAAUUUUUUAGUGUUCUCCUUUUUCGUGAUGCAUAGAUUGCUACACUUAAGAUUAUUUUACCGAUGUGAAAAAAACUUCUAAAUA